AGUGCCCAGAGCUUGGAUAAUUCAGUGUUAGACCUUCGAUUGGCAUCAGUCGAUCCACGGAAGCUGUGAAAGAUUAUUUACUCGUAUAUUUAAAAAACAAAAUCGCAAUCAUUAUGAAGUUCAUUGCUGUUGUCUGUUUGACGUUUGGCCUGCUGGGCGUGGCCUUGGGCUAUAAAAAUCCUGUAUGUAAACAAACGCCUAAAGGUUAUGUAGAUGAUAUUAGAUGCGCCGGCUCUAUGCCCAAGUUCACCUACUAUUCCGAAGACAAUUCAUGCAAGGAGUAUACCUACACUGGCUGCUUUGGCAAUGACAACAGAUUUGAAUCCCUAGAGGAAUGCGAAAGGACAUGCGUAAUCGAUGAAAUCUGUAGUCUACCCCAUUCCCUUGAUGGUGUUGGUGGAAUGACCUGCUGUGCUUCUUUCCGCAGAUGGUCCUACGAUUCCAGUAAUAACGAAUGCCUUUUUUUCAUCUACGGAGGCUGUGGUGGCAAUGACAACAGAUUUAAAUCCCUAGCGGAAUGCGAAAGGACAUGCGUAAUCAAUAAAUAUUUUUAAAUUAAUAUUAAAAAUUGUAUUUAGUAUGUUGC